AAGCUGAAGCCAAAGUGGGUGUGGUUAAAGUUGUGUCAUAGCAUUUUGUUGCUAGGCUGCUAGCUAACGUUAGUGAUUUCUCCAAAUAGUCGUUUUACUUAUCGAAAUCACAAAGCCAUGCAAACUCCGUAAUACUUUAAGAACGACCAAUGUAUGCAACGAUACAUCAGCAAUUUUAAACAAUCAAACAGUGCUUGGCUUUAUGCUUGGGUUAAACAAACAGCGUCGGAGGGCAACUGUAUCAGGCGCAAAGACGUCGCUUGCUAAUAACUAGCUAGCAUUCUCGCUACCACUUGGCAUGUCAACAGUUUGCUGCAGGUAUUUGGAUUAUCUGGCAUUCCGUGAACGUUAACGGUGUCGUAAUAUUUCAGUGUAACGUUAGCAAAUGUAACAUUGCUUCAUAAACGUGAGGAUCCUGUAACAGGUCGAACAAGCUGUCAAAAUGGAACUGCAGAGAUCAACGACAUGAGACACUUCUGUCAUUUUUCUGUAAAGGCACCCCAUUUACCCCUUUUACCUAGUCGAGGAGACCUUCAAAAACGCUUCAAAAAAGGAAAAUGUCAGCAACUUACCAAAAAUAAUAAUGAACCGGAGGGACACAAAAUGCUGAAUGUAUUCCCUUGUGCACCCCCAUUCUCAUGACCUCAAGAGGGAGGUAUGGGCAUCCUAAGACUGGUAGCCAGAAUCAUGGGUAGGAUCAGUACUUUCAGGUCCUAUCAGUUUGUGCUUCUCCUGGCCGCUGCACUUGCUGUUGUAGCUUUUUACUACUUUGGCUCAGAGAGGCAGAACUUCUCCAGCACCACAAAGAGGAUCAAGCACACCCAGGCCAGCCACAACGCCAACAGAAACGAUGCUGACCUAACUGUGGACACCAGGCUCUCACACCCAGUUGGAUCUGAGGAGCAAGGAGAGGAAGAGCGAGAUGAAGGAGGAGAGAGCAAGGGAUUAAGAUCUAGGAAAGGGGACAGUGAUAGCGCCGGUGACCAACGCUACCACGCACUCAUGAUGUUCACCAAGGUGGACAAGAGCCGGAGCCUUCAGGACAAGUUCAGGGUGGCCAUGUUAUCUAUGGUUCAGCACGGACAAUUCAUGGAAGGAGAGGUGUUGGUCCUUCAUUUUGUGAGUGACCAGGCCAGCAAAGAACUGGGAGAGAGGAUGCUGCAGGAGUUUCUACUUGAUGCAACGUUUAAGUAUGAGGUGUUGUUCCAUGACGUGGUGGCUCUCACACAGAAGCUGUUCCCUAUUGUGGAGGCCAUGCAGAAGCACUUCAGCGCUGGCUCUGGGGCUUACUACAGCGACGCCAUCUUCUUCCUCUCUGUUGCCAUGCAUCACAUCAUGCCUGAAAGUCUGAUGCGCAUAGUGCAGCUUGACCUGGACCUGAAAUACAGGACCAACAUCAGGGACCUUUUCCAAGAAUUUGACCAUUUUCCUCCAGAGGCGGUAAUAGGCAUCGCAAGAGAGAUGCAGCCAGUCUACAGACACACCUUUUGGCAGUAUCGUAAGGAGAACCCUCAGACCAGAGUAGGUGAUCCUCCUCCUGACGGCCGCCCAGGCUUUAACAGCGGUGUGAUGUUAUUGAACCUAGGUGCUAUGAGGGACUCAGCUCUCUACAACCAACUGUUGGAGCCUAGCAAUGUGGCCAAACUAGCAGACCAGUAUCGCUUCAGGGGCCACCUGGGGGACCAGGACUUCUUCACCAUGAUCGGCAUGGAGCAUCCUGAACUGUUUUAUUCGCUGGCCUGUGGGUGGAACCGUCAGCUGUGCACCUGGUGGAGGGACCACGGAUACGGAGACGUGUUUCAAAUGUAUUAUCGCUGUGUUGGACGUGUCUAUAUCUACCAUGGGAACUGUAACUCCCCUAUACCAGAUGACUGAUUUAAGCACUGGACUGAUGCUGGAACUGAAAAGGAGUCUAUGACAUCUACAAUAUAGUUUAAGGGAAAUAUUUGUCCUGCUUUUUGGAAGGGAGGAUUGUGACUAUUAUGUCAGUUGCCGUUGUUGACCAGUGUACUGCCGGUGUAGUCACAUACUUUGCCCCCUGCUGGUCAAGGGGCUACUGAAGGGCCUGUCCAUAUAAAGUUGCUACAAAUAUGGCAUUUAUCCAUCAUUUUGGUGUGUUGAAAACAGCCCUGUGUUGCAAUGCAAGGAGCUGCAAUAGUUGGGCCAUGUUUCUUCAGGUACAAAGAUAACAAAAUAAUUAAAUAUGAUCUAGGAACUUCAGCUUAGUAACAGAUCUAUUAAUUUGAAGGCUUAAGAGUAGAAAUACGCAGUUCACGUUAAAAAGUAAUCUACCUGGAACGUGUUCUUGCUGAUAUUUGAUUGGCCAAUGCAGCGCCUUGCUGAAUGAUGUUGCAUUGUGUUGUGGAGAAAGUUUUUGCAUGGGCCCUCUGCAUGGCACACUGCUGUGUCAAUGCUGGAAUCAUUCAAAUAAAUAGGGGCUAAUGUCAGUAUGAAUGAGGCCUAAUGUAUCAUGCAUUGUCAGUGUCAAUGUCAAGUCUUUCUCUUUUUAUUUGCUCAUAUAUUAAUUGAUUUCAAUAAAUGUUGGUACUUGUUUUGAGGAGAAU